AUGGCCGAUCAAGUUGAUUCAAUGUCAGACGCGGAGCUCCGCACCAAACUGGCCGAACAUGGGUUCCCUAUCAUGCCAAUUACAGCGUCUACGAGAAAGUUACUAGUAAAAAAGUUAAAAAUGGUAUUAGACAACAAAACCAAGCCUCGAAAUAGUGUUGACGCCAAAGUUGAAAGUAGACGAUCACUAGCGAGGUACUCGAGCGGAGAAGAAUCUGAUUUAGAGUCUAAUAACGCAAAAGAAAGACGGGGUCGGCGUGCCACCACUGGCGGAGCUAUGCUCCCUCCGGUUACUAGUAAAGCAAGGCGAACUCCAGUCAAAAAGGAUUCUCCUCUAAAACGUGACGCCGAUAAAGGCUCAGAGUCGGAGGACGAAAAGUCGCCAGUUCGAACACAUGAAGAAGUUGAAACAGUUACAACUCGACGGAUUACACACACUUACGCGACCAACGACCAGGAUGAUUAUGAAACUGGUUCCGAUAGCGAUGUUGACAAUGAUAAGAAAACGUCCAGCCCCUUUAGGAGUAGCUCGAGGUCUAGUGAUUAUAUAUCUAGCACACUACCAAGUAAUAACGCAUCCGCAAGCCCGCCCAAAACGUCUCUUUUCUCUCGUCCAUCUUUAUCUCAAACAAACUACUCAUCUUUGUCGUCAUCAGAUCAACUGAAUUCUAUUAGGUCUAGACUUGGCUUAACUUCCUCUUUAGCAGAUCGACCAUCAUUCAGUAGUUACACACCAAGUUACUCUACUAGUAUAUACCAGCCUUCCACUUCAACAAUAGACGAAGUAGAAUCUCCAUAUAUGAGCAAUUUUACUAGACGACUAUCAUCUCUUAAACCCGAACCUCCAAAACAAACUACAUAUUUAGAUAGAGACACAACUAAUGGAAGCACAUUGAUGCCACGAAGAUCCUAUAUUACAGGUGUAUCUAGAUCUGACAUAGUUGACUACAAAGCAGCCAAUGAUAAAAAGUUCUUGAAAAACAAUUUAGUUUCGCUUGCCCUUGUUGCUCUUGUUGCACUUUUUUUUUUUUGCCUAUUUUUUAUGUAUAUAGUUAAGAAAAAUGACAUCACCUCAGUGGUUGAUGAUCAGAAUAGUGUAAUACCAAUAUGUCAAUUAAAUAUUCCUGGUAAUAGACCAGGAAUAAAUUGUGUCCCAAAAGAACAUGUCAGCUACGCUAAAGAUUUACUAAAAGUUAUACAUCCUGAACUAACAGCUCGGUCUGCAGCAUAUAAGUGUGGAAAGCCAGGUGCUUUACCUUACCUCACAGAAAGAGAAAUUAUUGACUUAGCUAGUGCUCGAGCUGACACUGCUGAUGUCAGCCAAUGUAGGACAGACCUGAAUAAUUUGCAAGUUUUGCUAGUUCAUAACCCAAGAUGGGGUUUGAAUGUUGUUCAACUUAAGAAUUUGUACACAAAAGAUGCUGCAUACACACCUCUCACAUCCACUGAUGUAGUCGUCCAACAACGCAAUAAAGGCACAGUCGCAUUGGCACUUUCUGAUCCAUCAACCCCUAUUUCGUGUCUGUUUGUUAAUACUUUAUACUCAGCCGGAUCGACAUUUAUUGUUAUAGGAAUUUUGUCAAUACUAGUAUUGGGCUUGCAAAGGUUUUAUAAGUACUAUGUGAAUUAUCAAAAAAAGAAAAGUGAGGAGAUUUAUUCUAUGGUAGAACAGAUAAUUGAUGUUAUAUCGCAAGAGACUGAAGACAGUGGGGUACCAUACAUAUCCGUCGACCACGUUAGAGAUGCGCUAAUAUCGCCUCAAAACAGGGAGAAGAUGAGUUCGACUUGGGAUGCUGCUGUUAAAUUUAUUCAAAAGAAUGAAAGUAGAGUUAGGAUGGAAGUACAAUCUGUUGACGGAGAAGAUUGCAGGGUGUGGAGAUGGAUAGCGUCGCACAGCAGCCCGAAAAGAAGUACCUCAUGGCAAGGUCAGGCUUUCGAAACCCAGGAGGGUUCAGUCAACAACUUAACCGUUUCACCGACGCCAUGUUUGAAAAUUCGUCACAUGUUCGAAAAAAAUGAUGCAAAUCCGAAUUUAAGAACAGUCAUUCAAGACGUUAUUUUAGAGAAAUGCGACCGCUGCAACAUUCUCCACAUCGACAUUGAGAGGACAUCUUGUUGUGUGUACGUGAAGUGCGCGACGCCGGCCGACGCGGGGGUCGUGUACAAGAGCCUGCAUGGGUGGUGGUAUGAGGGCCGCUUGAUCACAGUCAAGUACCUACGCUUAGAAAGAUACAUGCAAAGGUUUCCCAACUCGCCCUCCUCUGGCUCUUACCUAAAGUCAUCACGCUCGCGACGAUCCUGGGAUGAA